AAGCCGGCGGAGAUGGUGAUCGACGCCUACAGCCACGGGCAGCGCAGCUUCGGGGAGAACUACGUUCAAGAGUUGCUAGAAAAGGCAUCAGACUCCAGAAUUCUGUCCUCUUGUCCCGAGAUUAAGUGGCAUUUUAUUGGCCAUCUGCAGAAGAAUAACGUCAACAAGUUGAUGGCUGUCCCGAACCUGUUCAUGUUGGAAACGGUGGAUUCUGUGAAACUGGCAGACAGAGUCAACAGCUCGUGGCAGAAAAAGGGGUCGUCCCAGAAGCUGAAGGUCAUGGUGCAAGUUAACACGAGUGGAGAAGACAGCAAGCACGGCCUUCCUCCUGGAGACACCACGGCCGCCGUGGAGCACGUCAUCAACAAGUGUCCAAGCCUGGAAUUUGUGGGGCUGAUGACGAUCGGCAGCGUCGGGCACGACCUUAGUAAGGGGCCAAAUCCUGACUUCCAGAUGCUGCUGUCUUUGCGGCAGGGGGGGUGUGAGAAGCUCCAUCUCCCUGUUGAGAAGGUGGAGCUGAGCAUGGGCAUGUCCACAGACUUCCAGCACGCAAUAGAGGUUGGCUCCACAAACGUCAGGAUUGGAAGCACUAUUUUUGGAGAGCGAGAUUAUUCCAACAAAGCGGUCGGUGGCGAGGACCCUGCCAAAACAAAAGGCGAAGCGGAGACCUUGGCAGUGCAGGGUCAGUAGAUGAGGAAAAUAAAAGAAAAAAAAAAGUGGGCUCGACAGAGGACGGGUGAUGGGAGACCUCACUGUGCAUUCUUACCUCCCUCCGUGUCGGCAUCCGAUU